AUGUCUUCAACUGAAAAUGAUUUUACAUAUGUUAGCAACAAUGAUAUCUUACCAAAAGAUAUUUGUUGCAAUUGUUUUAAAAAAGUAUUUGAAACAAAUGAAUUCCAUAAACAAAUUCAAAAGGCGCAAGAAAUUCUUCAAGAUAAAUUCGAAGUGAAACUUGAAGAAUGUGAUAUUAAAUCCGAAGAUGAUAAUUUUCAUUCAUUGGAUACUAAUCAAUGGGAUUCGACUGAGGAUAUACCUUUAAUUAAUCGUGUCGUACCUAAAUUAGAGUCCAAAGAUGAGAUUGUUAAAACCGAAGAUAUCGUUGCAGAUAAUAAAAAUUCGUCUUCGAAAACGGUGAAAAAUGAAUCAAAAAAAGCUAAAAAAAUUGGAGAUGUCAGUAAAGAAGAAUUUAAAAGACACUUAAAAGAAAUUAUUGAAGAGUGGAAAAAUUAUACAUGGAUUUGUAAUGUAUGUAAAGUUGAUUUUAAGGGUGUUAAGUUGUUAAGAGAUCAUUAUGGUACGGAGCAUAGUGAUAUACCUGUAGAGUACACUUGCAUGGAAUGUUCUAAAGUAUACACUAAAUACGAUUUAUUUAAGAAGCAUAUGCGUGUUCAUAGAAACAAAUUUAAAUACAAAUGUGAUCUCUGUGGAAAAUUUUCAUACAGUAAAUCAGUAAUAGAUCAACAUUUACGAAUUAAACAUUCAACAGAUCGAAAAUUUAUGUGUUCAACAUGUGGAAAAAGUUUUAAAACGCAACAAACAUUAUUAACUCAUGGACAGAAGCAUUUGCCCGAUGAACUUAAAUCGUUUCUUGAAUGUGAUAUUUGUCAUAAAAAAUUUACGAAUAGUUCGAAUUUAAAUACUCAUAAAAAAAUACAUACAGGUAUAAAGCAGCAUACUUGUGAACAAUGUGGAAAAAGUUUCAUACAAAAAAAUGCAAUGAUCCGACAUAUAGAAGAUCGGCAUACGGAAGGCCAGCGUUGUCAGUGUCCUUUAUGCCCGAAAGUUUUUAAAAAUAAAUAUAACUUAAACCAACAUAAAGAAUGCCACUUGGAAGGUCAACCACACAAAUGUGAAGUAUGUUCUCGAACAUUCCGACGGAAGCGGGCAUUAAUACUACAUUCUCGUAUUCAUACAAAUGAAUUACCUCACGAAUGUGAAUAUUGUAAAAAAUGUUUUAGAGAAAAAUCGUACUUAAAGAUACAUUUAAGACAGCAUACAGGAGAACGACCGUAUUCAUGCAUUGAAUGUAACCAUCAUUUUUCGAACGAUUCCAAUUUUAUAAAACAUUUAAAAGGUCGUCAUGGUUUACGUAAUUUUUCAUUGUCCAAUCAACGACAAUAUCCAUUUGUGAAUUUAGAUAAUAGUACGAAUAAAGAGUCACAAAAUGUAUCUAAUCAAUUUUCGUCUGUGAUAUAA